AUGGUGCCGCGGGAACACUUUUGGACGUUAGAGGAUCUCGACUUCGCUCGAGUUCGGAUGGAGGAGGUGCAAUUCGUGGACGCUUCGGACGAAGCGUUCGGGAUGGGCAGACUUGGCGAAGCAACGUUCGAAUACGUAUGCGACGUCACGAGCGACGUCAAUGUCGUCGACGAAGCCAACGAAGCCGGCAUGCCAGCGCGGGUGUUUGAAGCCAACGCGUGA